GUUAAGCUGGUUACGGGAACCGCCAUAGCGUGGUCGCUGUCGCACGUUGGGUUAGACUUAACUGAGUCUCGGUCAAAUGGAUGGACGACUCAGAGGCAGUAAGUUGGGGUCAUCAAUGACAAGUCGGAUGAUUUUACUCACUCAUCCAGCCAGGAGUUGGAUCUUUAUGAUUUAAUUGGAACUCUUUUCCUAAACAAAGUAGUCUGCUUGUAAGACGUGCCUCAGCCAAUUACAAGUACGGUGAAAAGGUUUCCUGGUCCGGUUGUAGUAAUAUUGUUCGCCCAACACCAGACCAAGAGCUGAGAGCCCGGCUCAUCAGUUGGAACUAUGUUCCUACCAAAAUAGUUGUCUUGUGGAGUAACGCCCAAGCGGAACGCAAGAUAAUGAAAUAUGGAUCUUGGCCCACUAGAGGUUUCGCCGGAAAUCUCCGAAUCAAUAUCGAGGGUUAUUGAUUUGUUAAAAAUAGUGGGAGAUAAUUAAUUAAAGGCCUAAUUAAUUAUUAAACAUGAUAGAUAACCUAGUUUGCAAAAUUUUCUGUAGAUGGCAAACAACAACAACCCUUUCAACCUGUGAUAUGUUCUAGAAAAAGAAAAAUUAUCUGGAACCAACUUUCUUGAUUGGGAGAUGAAUCUUAAGAUUGUUCUCGAAUGUGAGAAAAAGCUCUACGUCCUUACCUCUGAGCCUCCCAAAGCUCCUGAAGCGAACGCCCGUACUGCAGAAAUUACUUCGUACAAGAAGUAUGAAGACGACGCACGUGAUGUGAGAUGUCUCAUGCUAGCCACCAUGACCCCGGAGCUCCAAAGGCUCCAUAAGGACAUGGAAGCUCAUCCUAUGAUGACUCGCUUGAAAGGUCUAUACCAAGGCCAGGCUAGACAUGAGCGUUUCAAAAUCUCUACGACUCUGUUUUCCAAUAAGCUGGCAACGGGUAACCCAGUUGGUCCCCACGUUCUCAAGAUGAUCGGUCAGAUUGAAACUCUUGAAAAACUGGAGGCCCCGUUGCACCCUAUGCUGGAAACUGAUCUCAUCUUGGGAUCAUUACCAGCUGAGUAUAGUCAAACUGUAGUGAACUUCUACAUGAACAAACUAGAGAUGACUAUGCCUGAGCUAUUGAAAUUCCUCAGAACUGCUGAGGAGAGUCUAGGGAAGGGCAAGGGUAAGUCUGUCCUGAUGGUAGAGGGCAGUACUAUUGCGAAGAAGAGUGGGCAACGUUCGCCGGCCAGGACCAAGCGCAAGGGUUCUAAGAAACCCAAGCCAGCGUCCAACUCCUCUUCGUUGAAACCCAAAGAAGGAGCUAAAAAGAAGUCUGAUGUAUGCUAUUAUUGUGGCAAAAAGGGCCACUGGAGGCGCAACUGCACAAAAUUACUGGCAGAGAGGAAAGAGGGAAAGAAACCUCAAACCUCAGGAUCUGCAUGAACGUAGACAAUUGACGGAGGGAGAGAUACAACUAAAAGUCGGCAAUGGCGCACUCGUAAAUGCAUUAGCCGUCGAAACCUAUAGUUUAUCUCUACCUAGUGGUCUUGUAUUGCAGUUAAAUAAUUGUCUGUUUGUACCCAGUAUGAGCAGAAACAUCAUUUCUGUAUCCUGCCUUGACAAAGCAGGA